AUGGCCCGUGGCGCCCAAAAGGAACAAGCAAGACAGAGAGCUCAAAAGAAAGCUGCUGAACGCUCAAAUAAAGGUUCUCAAUUAGGUGCUCGUGCUGCUGGUCUUCAGAUCAAAUGUCCUAAAUGCCUGAUUGCACUUGCCAAUUACAAACUCUUGGUUCAACAUUUUGAAGCUAAGCAUCCCAAAGAUAAUGUUCCACCUGAGAGUGAUUUCGAAAGAAAGUGA